GGGAAUGGGCAUGGCUGACAAGCUGAUCCGCUAAUGGCAUCAAGCAUGGCGCAUCGCCAAUAGGGCCUUGAACAGCGAAGCAUUACUGAUACCCGCCCUCGUGCGAAAAUCCUUUCGUGGCUUCAUCACAGCCAGUACACUAAAGUAGACAGUUGACAGUAGCGCUCUUAGCACCGUGAUAUGUUUGAGUGCGUCUUCGAAAUAGAAUAGUUUUACAUGACACGACGUACGAUAUCACACGUUUUAGUUUGUACAAAUAUACAAAAUGUCUUCUCCACUAGAGAGUCUUGAAUCGCAGCUUGAAAUGUUUAUUGAGAAUGUUCGACAAAUACGUAUAAUUGUUAGUGAUUUCCAGCCUCAGGGACAAAAUGUUUUGAACCAGAAAAUACAAGGACUGGUGUCUGGUUUACAAGAAAUAGACAAACUGAAAACACAAAUACAAGAUGUUCAUGUGCCGUUAGAAGUUUUUGAUUACAUCGAUCAAGGUAGAAACCCACAGCUGUACACGAAAGAUUGCAUUGACAAAGCUCUAACGAAAAAUGAGCAGGUCAAAGGCAAGAUUGAUGCAUACAAAAAAUUCAAGGCUAACAUGCUUGUGGAACUGAACAGAGUAUUUCCUAAUGAAUUAACCAAGUACAGAGCGAUUCGAGGCGAUGAAUAAUGUAAUGUGCAGCUUUACUUUAGUUUAUUUAUACCAUCCAGAUAUAUUCUUGAAAACAUUUACACAUCUUGUAAGCUGUGUAUAAAUCGCCACAUCCUUGGAGCAUUAGUAAUUGUAUUGGUUUUUAUUUUAAUUGCAUAUUGUAAACAUUUCUUUUUAUGAUUAGUUGAUUCAUUAUACACUUUUUUAUUAUAAUUUAUCAUAGAAAAUUUAAAAACAGUUCAAGUCUGAUAAUGUAAUAAGUCAAUGUUUGUGACUCAGGUGAUUCAUACAAUAUUUUGAAAUGCUAAAAUUCUUUUGUAAAUACUUGAAUUUUUAAAAUUGAAUUUGAAAAAACUGUAAUUUGGUUGAUAUAAGAAUAAAUAAUUCUUCAAUAUUUCAUACA